AAGUACAAGAUUAGCUUUUUUUUUUUUCUCUCCUCCGAAAUGGUACACUAGAGAGAGAAAGCCAUUUGCUUUGCUUAAACGUUGUUUCAUUGACUCUGAGAUCUAGGACUAGGAUAGAAGAGAUAUCCCCAAUUGAAAGUUUUGAUUUUGAAGUUGAAAAUUUCUGAUGCGCAUUGGCUUUAUCAGAUCUUGGUUUCACCCUACUUCGUUCUGGAUUGGAUUCACCUACAAUGGACACUAGUAAUUACUCAGUAAUUCCCAAAAAUUCAUAUGUAGAAUUGCAGACGAAGAACGACGACCCGAGAAUUUCUAGAUCUCAUGGAAAGUUGCUACCUUCUGAUGAGGAAAGUUAUCUAGGCUCCAAGAACAGUCAUGGGCACGAAUUCGAAGAUGUGGAUGAUUUUGAUGAUCAUAGUUUUGAGUUUCAUGUAGAUAAUUAUCCCCUUAUUGUUGAUGGUUCUAAUUCUAGUAAUCAUGGGUCUGGUGUAUCCGGAGCCGUGUUUAAUCUUACAACGUCGAUUAUUGGGGCUGGGAUCAUGGCACUGCCUGCCACCAUGAAGGUACUUGGUUUAGUUUUGGGAUUUGUGUUGAUAAUUUUGAUGGGUAUUGUUUCUGAAAUUAGCGUCGAAUUAUUGGUGAGAUUUUCGGUUUUGUGUAAGGCCUCGUCGUAUGGUGAGGUUGUUCAAUGUGCUUUAGGAAGACCCGCGAGAGUCUUGUCUGAGAUUUGUAUAAUAGUGAAUAAUGCAGGUGUAUUGGUUGUUUAUUUGAUCAUUAUGGGGGAUGUCAUGUCCGGUUCGCUUCAUCAUAUUGGGGUAUUUGAUCAGUGGUUGGGACAUGGGUUUUGGGACCACAGAAAGCUUUUGAUUUUGGUUGUUUUGGUGAUUUUUCUGGCACCCCUUUGUGCAUUGGAAAAGAUUGAUUCUUUGAGCUUGACUUCAGCUGCUUCGGUAGCCCUGGCUGUUGUAUUUGUUGUGGUUGCUUGUGUUGUUGCUGUUAUUAAGCUCGUCGAGGGGAGAAUCCAAGCACCGAGGAUGGCCCCGGAUUUCAGUUCAAAGGAGGCAAUUCUGGAUUUGCUUGUGGUGAUUCCUAUUAUGACUAAUGCUUAUGUUUGUCACUUUAAUGUUCAGCCUAUAUAUAAUGAACUUGAAGAUCGUUCUCCUCAGAAGAUGAACAGAGUGGGAAGGAUCACAACUGUUCUUUGUGUUGUGGUCUAUGCUUCCACAGCUAUAUCAGGAUAUUUACUCUUUGGGAAGGAUACAGAGUCUGAUGUGCUGAUCAAUUUUGAUAAAGAUCUCGGAAUUCGAUUCAGUUCUGCCCUGAAUUAUAUUGUUCGGGUUGGCUACGUUCUUCAUUUGAUUCUUGUUUUCCCAGUUAUCCAUUUCUCACUUCGGCAAACUGUGAAUGCUCUGGUGUUUGAGAAAUCAGCUCCACUAUCAGAGAGUAGGAAGAGGUCAUUGGCCUUGACAGUGGUUCUGUUAGCACUCAUUUAUAUUGGAUCCACCAUGGUUCCAAACAUUUGGACGGCUUUUAAGUUUACAGGGGCAACAACAGCUGUGUCAUUGGGCUUUAUAUUCCCAUCUCUCAUCGCCUUAAGAUUAAGUCGGAAAGGGGAGAGUUUGAGCGUUGGGGAGAAACUCCUUUCAUGGAUGAUGUUAAUUAUGGCUGGAACUGUCAGCAUUGUUGGAGUGAUUGGAAACGUUUAUAGCCUAAAAGGCCAAUUAAAAUGAUUCACCUCGUAGAGUUUUGAGGGGUUAUGAUAGUAUGCAGAAACUCACGAGUAAAGUUUCUCUGUUUGAAUGUUGCUAUGCAAUUAGUCUGUUUGCUUUUCAGAACUUAAAGUAAAGUUUUCCGCGGUUAGAUCUUGACCAGUGAAGUCGUAAUUAUUCUAGGAAUUGAAUGAAGAAGGUAGGAUAGAUCUUGAUAAUCCUUCUCAUAUUCAAUAUACAAUUCUUUUCUUUUGUAUUUGGCAUUCUUACAAGAUACUGUGAGGUUACACCACUUUUGAGAGCAAUCAUCUGUUAGGAAAGUAGUUUAUACUAUUUGUUACACAUGUGUAACUUAAAUUGAAACUAAAUCGAAAUAAUUCAUGCCACUUAUUUUUA